GCAAAGAAGCAGCAGAGGUGAAAAUCCCACAGAGUCACCAAGAUGUGAUGUCCAAUGAUGAGCAGUAAUUACUGCAGCAACAGUUCAGCCAGCAUGAGCGUCAGUGAAAUGUCUGCCUUCCCUCUGACUUUGGAGCAAAAAACUGGUUUCGCCUUUGUGGGGAUUUUGUGUGUUUUCUUAGGACUUCUAAUUAUCAGAUGCUUCAAAAUCUUGCUAGACCCCUAUAGUAGUAUGCCUUCUUCAACGUGGGAAGAUGAAGUUGAGGGGUUGGAUAAAGGGACCUUUGAAUACGCUCUUGCAUGAAAAGUCAUAUGAUAUCCUGCCUUAAAUUUGAUGUUGAUUUCAUUUUGGAAACCAACUGUUAGUACAUUUGUUACACAUGCAUACAUACAUUUUAGAGAUGUGUUGGUAUCUGUGGCAUUCAUUUUGUUAAAUAAAUGUUUGUUGCAAACACAGAAGUAGCCCAUUU